AGACGGCGCGGCGGAGCCUAGACGCCGGCCCGCGGCCAAGGAGAAAGGUGGCGGCGGCGGCGCGGACGGGGACGAGGCGGCGGCUCGCCGCCGUGACCCUCCUCUCCCCUGCCCGACCCCGGGAGCGAGUCGAAGGCGGCGGCGAAGGAAGGAGCGAGAAUGGCUGAGACCUCGCCGCCACCCACCGCCAGCGCGGAAAGUUGCAGCGAAGAGCCGGCGAGGGGCGGGGAGCAGCUGCUGGAGGAGCCGCGCCGCGCUCCAGCCGGGGGCGCGGACCGAGAGGGCGAGGCGGGGCCGCCGCUGGCCUCCGCCGCCGGGCAGUCGGAGCCCGGCUCGCCAGUGGCCGCCCCCUUCUUCCUGCUCUACCCGGGCGAUGGAGGCGCCGGCUUCACAGCGCGCCCGCCGCCGCAGCAGCAACAGCGCGCCUGGAGGACCCCGCCGUCGCCGGGCUCCCCGCUGCCCUUCCUGCUUCUGAGCUACCCGAGCGGCGGCGGCGGCGGCGGCAAGCACCAUCCUAAUUAUCUCAUGGCUAACGAACGCAUGAACCUGAUGAACAUGGCCAAGCUGAGUAUCAAGGGCUUGAUUGAAUCUGCUCUGAACCUGGGGAGAACUCUGGACUCAGACUACGCACCCCUCCAGCAGUUCUUCGUGGUGAUGGAGCACUGCCUGAAACACGGCUUGAAGGCUAAGAAAACUUUCCUUGGACAAAAUAAAUCCUUCUGGGGGCCUCUAGAAUUGGUAGAAAAGCUUGUUCCAGAAGCUGCAGAGAUAACAGCAAGUGUCAAAGAUCUUCCAGGACUUAAGACACCAGUAGGCAGAGGAAGAGCCUGGCUUCGUUUGGCAUUGAUGCAAAAGAAACUCUCAGAAUAUAUGAAAGCUUUGAUCAAUAAGAAGGAACUUCUCAGCGAAUUCUAUGAACCCAAUGCCCUCAUGAUGGAAGAAGAAGGAGCCAUAAUCGCUGGUCUCCUGGUGGGUCUGAAUGUCAUUGAUGCCAAUUUCUGUAUGAAGGGAGAAGACUUGGACUCUCAGGUUGGAGUUAUAGAUUUUUCAAUGUAUCUCAAGGAUGGGAACAGCAGUAAAGGUAGUGAAGGAGAUGGCCAGAUUACUGCAAUUCUGGAUCAGAAGAACUAUGUAGAAGAACUCAACAGACAUCUAAAUGCUACAGUAAACAAUCUUCAGGCAAAAGUGGAUGCAUUAGAAAAAUCCAACACUAAACUGACAGAGGAGCUUGCAGUUGCAAACAAUAGGAUUAUUACCCUACAAGAAGAAAUGGAACGAGUUAAAGAGGAAAGCUCCUACAUAUUGGAAUCCAAUCGGAAGGGUCCUAAGCAGGACAGAACUGCAGAAGGGCAAGCACUGAGUGAAGCCAGAAAGCAUUUAAAGGAGGAGACACAAUUGCGACUGGAUGUUGAAAAAGAACUGGAGAUCCAGAUCAGCAUGAGACAGGAGAUGGAAUUAGCUAUGAAGAUGCUGGAGAAGGAUGUCUGCGAGAAGCAGGACGCCCUGGUGUCGCUGCGACAGCAGCUGGAUGACCUCAGGGCUCUCAAGCAUGAACUUGCCUUUAAGCUGCAGAGUUCAGACUUAGGAGUAAAACAGAAAAGUGAACUAAACAGUCGUUUGGAAGAGAAGACUAAUCAGAUGGCUGCUACCAUCAAACAACUCGAACAAAGAUUGCGCCAGGCUGAGCGAGGCCGCCAGUCUGCCGAGUUGGACAACCGUCUCUUCAAGCAGGACUUCGGAGACAAGAUCAACAGUCUGCAGCUGGAAGUAGAGGAGCUCACCAGGCAGCGGCACCAGCUUGAGUUAGAACUAAAACUGGAAAGAGAAAGAAGGUUACAGAACAACAGGAGCAUCCCAGGAAAGGUUUCUCAGAAACCAGAACCCAAAACGGAUGGGAAGCACAAAAUUCAAGAGGAAAAUAUUAAACCAAAAAAGCCCCUGGACGAAAGCCACAGGCUGCAGUCUCACCCUGUGGAUGAGCAGGAUCAGCCGCUGCUCUCUGAAAAGCCACAGACGUGUCAGCUGUGCCAGGAAGAUGGCAGCCGAACCAAGAUAACAGUGAAUGUGUGUAAGAACUGCAGAGGAACUUUCUGUAAUGGCUGCUCAACAAACGAACUGCCUCUUCCUUCAAGUAUCAAGCCUGAGCGAGUCUGCAAUCCCUGCCACGAGCGUCUGAUGAAACAGUAUUCCACCAGCCCAUCGUAAGACUGGAAGCCAAGACCUGGACCGGUGUCUCCACCCGUGUUAGAUGUCAGGAUCUCCUAGAGCCCAGAACUUAGAAUCAACUCCCUUGUUGAUAGGACUGAUUUAAAUAAGCCAGGUCCAGGGAGAAAAGGCAGUGGCUGGGGGCGCUGGAAGGUUUGCUCACUUUCCCUAAUGACUGUAUGAAUAAAAGUUACUCACUUGAGCCUCUCUCUUCUAAAUCUAAACAACCCCACCUUGAAGGCUUUAUUUUAUAACAUGUCUUUGGAGGGGCUCUUCAUUUUUAUGAACAGUGAUAAUACUGGCGUGGAUAUAAUAGGAGAGAGGGUCCAUACAGAUAAGAAAAAAAAAAGGAAAAUGAUCAUCUCCUUCUGUUACGUUUGCAGAUUCAAAGGGGAAAGAUAAAUGUUAACUGAGAUCAAAAUGAUGUUUUAUAUUAUCCCCAGGUGCUGCUAGACAUAAACCGUUUUCUCUUCACCCCCACUAACUACCUCUUUAAAGUAUCUCUACCAAACUGUGAACCCAAACUCAGGGAAAAGAAAUUAAAGAGUAAUAUAAAUUUUGAAUGUACUUAAAACAAUGUAAUUUAUUAUAGUUUCAGGACCAGAAAGGUCCUGGCCUUACAAGUUUUCAGUAUCAGAAUAAGAGGAACAUUUGCCAUUUCUCCACUUAAUGACUUCAAAAGUAAGUAUCUGCCCUUUUCAGAAUGUCCUCCUGCAAAAUAAAAGCCAACUCCCUUCCUAGGCCUUCCCUGCUCUCCCAAGUCAUAAUGAAAAUUGUGUUUUAAAGAUAGGGUUUGACUUUGCAGAUAGGUAUUGAAAGCAAAGCUUAGUCAGGUGUAAAGUAAAACAAUUUUAAUUUGUCCAAGGCUGAGAUCAAUUAGCUCAGAAUAUUUAUUAAAUUUUUUUGAAUAAAGGCUACCUUCUUCUGAGCCAAGGAUUAGAACUGGUAGGUUUGUUGGAAAGUGUGAUAAUUAAACAUCUCUUCAUAACAAACCCUUUGGGGAAAAGAGGGGGAAGUGCAUUCCACAAGGGAAGAAAAACAAUGGUAUGUGCUAUUUUGAUUAUGUUAAAUGUGUCUAGAUUGUUGAUUCCAAUUAAGACCUAAGAAGAUAUGAUUCUGUAACUGGUUUAGAAUUCUGGGGUGGAAACAUCCUGGAACCAUGAUACUUGAUAAAUUCUCCUCAAAAGGGUUAUAGCCUGGGAAAGAGUUGUUAUUCCGGAAGUCUGGCCUGUUACAUGGUGAAGCUGAGCUUUAAGAGUACUAGGGAAAAAUAAAAUCUAAUAAUUCUA